AUGGCACCAGAGGGCGCUGCGCCCUCUGGUGUCACCUUACAGAAACAUAAUCUAGAGAGAGAAGAUGCAGAAUGUAUCAAGGAACAACUUUCCCAAACAUACUUUAUACUUAAAUAUGAUAGUUUAAGUUUUAUAGCUAAAGAACGAAAGUUACCUUUGAAAAAUAUUGUACCUACGUAUCAUAUGGAAAAUUUAAAAUUCAAAUAUUUCGCAAUGCGUAGGUUUUAGAACUUUAUAUUGUAUGAAAGAUAUGUUCAGAAUUGCUAUUUGAACAUAUCAUAAGAAAACUUUGUACAUAUAAAACCAAGUUUUCUAUGUAUAAAAUGAGUUUAAAAAAUUCC